GAAACUCAGUGCCUAUUGUAUGGCGGAGGUGUGGCACAGAUUGCUUCACGCAGCUCAAUGGGGCAAGUCGAAUUUUUCGACCACGAAAUGUCCCUCUCGUCCAUCUAUGCGCCGUACCUUUUUCUAAGACUAUUUACAGGCACAAGGGUUGUAAAUCUCAAGCUAGACGGAAGCUUGGCCGUCUUGUCGCGGGCUCGGGCUUCAAGCGAUGCAGCCCCGUGCGCUUGAGACGUGGCUGCGACACCAGGGGUCAACACCCAGACGACUCUCACACAGCAACCGUCUGCGGCGCUUCGCCAUCGUGACUUCAAACAGCAUCAUUUGCUGCGUUUGCUGCUGUUUUCACGGAGGCCAGCCCAGCCGAGGGGCGGUGUUGUUUCGCCAUGGGGUCCCUUUGCGACUGCAUGUUCUCAAACCGUCAAUUUUAUGCUACAAUAUAAGCCCUCAGCGCCCCUACAUUCUCUGCCCUCAUUCAACCUCGAUUUCCAUUCUGCGUGCUUAAUCCCUCUCUCAUUCUCGUUCCUUUCAGGUUUUCUUAUUACCGAGCCGGCCCUCGCAUUGCGCCUUUCAGUCCUUCGCCUUC